GCACGUGACCUAAGUCUAGCAUUUACAGAGAUCGCAUUGCGGCUCCCAAUCCGGCUAGUUCUCUAACCCCCACCCCGGCGCGGCGGUUGCCAGGGAGACGGCGCAAGUCUCACCGCGCGUCGCCCCCUUUGCAGUCCCCCCGCCCCUUUUCUCCCACCACAAUGAGAUCCUAAGAUGGCGGUGGCUGCGGCGGUUGAUGCCGAGAAGCCGAAGUAGAAAAUGGGGCCGUUGGGCUCCAGGCAGUCAGGGACCUUGUGAGCCUCCUCUGCAGUCUCUCAGAACGGGCCGCUGGCGGUGGCGGGCCGUGGGGCUGACCGCUGCUCCGCCCGUGGCAGGAGGGGCUGCUUCGCUAAUAGCAGACAACAACUUUGAAGUGUGCAGCAGGACAGGAGCUGAUUCUGAGGCGCAAAAACUAGUUUCUAAAAAGAAAAUUAAUUGUUACAAGCCAGUAUGGCCACAGGAGGUGGACCUUUUGAAGAAGGCAUGAAUGAUCAGGAUUUACCAAAUUGGAGCAAUGAGAGUAUUGAUGACCGACUCAACAAUAUGGAUUGGGGUUGCCAACAGAAGAAGGCAAAUAGAUCAUCAGAAAAGAAUAAGAAAAAGUUUGGUGUGGAAAGUGAUAAAAGAGUAACUAAUGAUAUUUCUCCAGAGUCAUCACCAGGAGUUGGAAGGCGAAGAACAAAGACUCCACAUACACUUCCACACAGUAGAUACAUGACUCAGAUGUCUGUCCCAGAGCAGGCAGAGUUAGAGAAACUUAAACAGCGGAUAAACUUCAGUGAUUUAGAUCAGAGAAGCAUUGGAAGUGAUUCUCAAGGAAGAGCAACAGCUGCUAACAACAAACGUCAGCCUAGUGAAAACCGAAAACCCUUCAACUUUUUGCCGAUGCAGAUUAAUACUAACAAAAGCAAAGAUGCUGUUACAAGUCAAAAGAGAGAAGUGAUUGGAACAGCACAAUGUAAAGAGUUGUUUGCUUCUGCAUUAAGUAAUGAUCUUUUGCAAAAUUGCCAAGUCUCUGAAGAAGAUGGGAGAGGAGAGCCUGCGAUGGAGAGCAGCCAGAUUGUAAGCAGGCUUGUUCAAAUUCGUGACUAUAUUACUAAAGCCAGUUCUAUGCGAGAAGAUCUUGUAGAGAAAAAUGAAAGAUCUGCUAAUGUUGAGCGUCUUACUCAUCUAAUAGACCACCUUAAAGAACAAGAAAAAUCAUAUAUGAAAUUCCUCCAAAAAAUCCUAGCUAGAGAAAAUGAGGAGGAGGAUGUUCGGACUAUAGAUUCAGCUGUGGGAUCUGGUUCUGUAGCUGAGAGCACAUCGCUAAACAUAGAUGUGCAGUCUGAGGCUUCAGAUACCACGGCCAGAGAUCCUGAACAGGAGCCUAUGGAAGAGAUAGAAAAUUUGAAGAAGCAACAUGAUUUGUUGAAAAGGAUGUUACAACAGCAGGAGCAACUGCGAGCUUUGCAGGGACGACAAGCUGCUCUUCUGGCAUUGCAACAUAAAGCAGAACAAGCUGUUGCUGUAAUGGAUGAUUCUGUUGUUGCAGAAACUACAGGUAGUUUAUCAGGAGUCAGUAUCUCAUCUGAACUAAAUGAAGAAUUGAAUGAUUUAAUUCAGCGUUUUCAUAAUCAACUUCGUGAUUCUCAGCCUCCAACAGUUCCUGACAACAGAAGACAGGCAGAAAGUCUUUCAUUAACUAGGGAGGUUUCCCAGAGCAGGAAUCCAUCAGUUUCAGAACAUUUACCUGAUGAGAAAGUCCAGCUUUUUAGCAAAAUGAGAGUGCUACAGGAAAAGAAACAAAAAAUGGAUAAAUUGCUUGGAGAACUUCAUACACUUCGAGAUCAGCAUCUGAACAAUUCAUCAUUUGUGCCUUCUUCGACCUCUCCACAAAGGAACACCGAUCAGAGGAGUACCAGUGCAGCCCCCUCUGCUGCUGUGGGCUUGGCACCGGUUGUCAACGGAGAGUCUAAUAACAGCCUGGUGUCAUCUGGCCCUUAUGCUGCUGCUUCUCUGGUUUCUCAAAAUGAGACUGAACGUGAAGGACAUCUAAAUCCAACUGAAAAACUCCAGAAACUAAAUGAAGUUCGGAAGAGAUUGAAUGAAUUAAGAGAAUUAGUUCAUUAUUAUGAACAAACAUCAGAUAUGAUGGCAGAUGCUGUAAAUGAAAACACAAAAGAUGAAGAAACUGAAGAGUCCGAAUAUGAUUCUGAGCAUGAAAAUUCCGAACCUGUUACUAACAUUCGAAAUCCACAAGUGUCUGCCACAUGGAAUGAAGUAAAUAGUAUUAGUAAUCCACAGUGUGUUUCUAAUAAUAGAGAUGGGCGAUCAACUAAUUCUAAUUGUGAAAUAAACAACAGAUCUGCCACCAACAUUAGGGCUCUGAACAUGCCUCCUUUAGCAGAUUGUCGAUACAAUAGAGAAGGAGAUCAGGGGAUCCAUGUAGCACAAGGGGAAGAUGAUGAGGAAGAGGAAGAAGAAGCAGAGGAGGAGGGAGCUUCGUUAUCUAGUCAUAGGAGCAGUGUGGUUGAGGAGGCUCCAGAAGAUGGAGAAUUUGAACAGAAGAUCUAUAGACUUAUGGCUGCAAAACAGAAACUUCGACAUCUACAAGAUCUUGUUGCUAUGGUACAGGAUGAUGAUGCAGCUGAAGGAAUUACCUCUGCCAAUACAUCAAAUUUGGGUGAUGUCUACCCACCAGAAGAGGAUAUCAAACAAAACCCAAAUAAUGCUAGAGGAAAUACCACUAAAACACAGAAAGAUACUAGAGUCAAUGAAAAGGCAAGAGAGAAAUUUUAUGAGGCUAAAUUACAGCAGCAGCAGAGAGAGCUAAAACAAUUGCAGGAGGAAAGAAAGAAACUGAUUGAGAUCCAAGAGAAAAUCCAAGCAUUGCAAAAGGCAUGUCCUGACCUACAGCUGUCAGCUGUUGGUGUGAGUAAUUGUUGUCCUACAAAAAAAUAUAUCCCAGCUGUUACUUCAACCCCAACUGUUAAUGAAAAUGAGACUGGUACAAGCAAAUCUGUUUUUGAGCCCGAUGAUUCUUCAGUAGUAGAUAAUGAGUUGUGGUCAGACAUGAGAAGACAUGAAAUGUUGAGGGAGGAGCUACGACAGAGAAGAAAGCAGCUUGAAGCGCUGAUGGCUGAGCAUCAGAGGAGGCAAGCUCUAGCUGAAACUACAUCUCCAGUGGCUGUGUCAUUAAGAAGUGAUGGAUCUGAGAACGUGUGUACUCCUCAGCAAAGUAGAACAGAAAAAACGAUGGCAACUUGGGGAGGUUCUACUCAGUGUGCACUAGAUGAAGAAGGAGAUGAAGAUGGUUACCUUUCUGAAGGAAUUGUUCGGACAGAUGAAGAAGAAGAAGAGCAGUAUGCCAGUUCCAAUGACAACUUUUCUGUGUAUCCUCCUAACAGUGCAAAUCAUAACUCCUGUAAUGUAAAGGAAACCAAAAACAGGUGGAAGAACAAUCGCCCUUUUUCAGCUGAUGGAAAUUAUCGUCCUUUAGCCAAGACAAGACAACAGAAUAUUAGUAUGCAACGACAAGAAAAUCUUCGAUGGGUGUCAGAGCUCUCUUACGUAGAAGAGAAAGAACAGUGGCAAGAACAAAUUAAUCAGCUAAAGAAACAACUUGAUUUCAGUGUUAACAUUUGUCAGACUUUGAUGCAAGACCAACAGACUUUGUCUUGCUUGCUACAAACUCUUCUCACGGGUCCUUACAGUGUUAUGCCAAGCAAUGUCGCAUCUCCACAAGUACACCUCAUAAUGCACCAGUUGAACCAGUGCUAUACACAGCUAACGUGGCAACAGAAUAAUGUUCAGAGGUUGAAACAAAUGCUGAAUGAACUCAUGCGCCAGCAAAAUCCACACCCAGACAAACCUGGAAGCCAAGAAAGAGGGAGUAAUGCAUCACACCCUUCUUCUCCCAGUUUAUUUUGUCCUUUCAGCCUUCCAACACAGCCUUUAAAUUGGUUUAAUCUACCUGGGUUUACUAACUUUUCAUCAUUUGCACCAGGUAUGAAUUUCAGCCCUUUAUUUCCUUCUAAUUUUGGAGAUUUUUCUCAGAAUAUUUCUACACCUACUGAACACCAGCAGCCAUUAGCCCAGAAUCCUUCAGGGAAAACAGAAUAUAUGGCUUUUCCAAAACCCUUUGAAAGCAGUUCUUCUAUUGGAGCAGAAAAGCAAAGGAAUCAGAAACAGCCUGAAGAGGAAGCACAAAACAGUAAGGCACCAUGGUUAUAUGAGCAAGAAGGAGAAAUUGAAAAACCAUUUACAAAGACUGGAUUUGCAGUGUCAGUAGAGAAAACUACAAAUAGUAAUCGCAAAAAUCAAAUAGAUGCAAGUAGGAGAAGACGCCAAUUUGAUGAAGAAUCAUUAGAAAGCUUUAGCAGUAUCCCUGAUCCAGUGGAUCCCACAACAGUAACUAAAACAUUCAAGACAAGAAAAGCAUCUGCACAAGCCAACCUGGCAUCUAAAGACAAAACUCCCAAAUUAAAGAAUAAGAAGAGAAAUUCUGUUCAGCAGAAAAGCAGAGUUAAAACUGGUGGGUAUGAAAGUGCCAGUAUGUCUAGCACAUGUGAACCUUGCAAAAGUAGGAACAGACAUUCAGCCCAGACUGAAGAGCCUGUUCAAGCAAAAGUAUUCAGCAGAAAGAAUCAUGAGCAGCUGGAAAAAAUAAUAAAAUAUAGUAGGUCUACAGAACUAUCUUCAGCACAUGCUAGGAGAAUACUACACCAGUCUAACAGAAAUGCAUGCAAUGAAGCACCAGAAACUGGGAGUGAUUUUUCUAUGUUUGAAGCUCUGCGGGAUACUAUCUAUUCUGAAGUAGCUACGUUAAUUUCUCAGAAUGAAUCUCGCCCACAUUUCCUUAUUGAACUCUUCCAUGAGCUUCAGCUGCUUAAUACUGACUAUUUGAGACAGAGAGCUUUAUAUGCAUUGCAGGACAUAGUAUCCAGACAUAUUUCUGAAAGCCAUGAAAAAGAAGGAGAAAAUGUAAAGUCAGUAAACUCUGGCACUUGGAUAGCGUCAAACUCAGAACUUACUCCCAGUGAAAGCCUUGCUACUACUGAUGAUGAAACUUUUGAGAAGAAUUUUGAAAGAGAAACACAUAAAAUAAGUGAGGAAAAUGAUGCUGAUAAUGCUAGUGUCCUAUCUGUAUCUUCAAAUUUUGAGCCUUUUGCAACAGAUGAUCUAGGUAAUACUGUGAUUCACUUAGAUCAAGCAUUAGCAAGAAUGAGAGAAUAUGAGCGUAUGAAGACUGAGGCUGAAAAUAAUUCAUCUGUGAGAUGCACCUGCAGGGUUGUUGAGGACGAAGAUACUGCUGCUGCCGCCACUAUAGUUAAUAAUUUAGAAGAAACUCCCAUUAUUGAAGAUCAUGGUUUACAACAACCUGUAAGUGAAAUUUCUGCUGUCCCAUGUCCUAGAAUUGAUACUCAACAGCUGGACCGGCAAAUUAAAGCAAUUAUGAAAGAAGUUAUUCCUUUCUUAAAGGAGCACAUGGAUGAAGUAUGCUCUUCUCAGCUUCUAACUUCAGUGAGACGCAUGGUUUUGACGCUUACCCAGCAAAAUGAUGACAGCAAGGAGUUUGUAAAGUUCUUUCAUAAACAACUUGGAAGUAUAUUACAGGAUUCACUGUCAAAAUUUGCAGGCAGAAAACUGAAAGACUGUGGAGAAGAUCUUCUUGUAGAGAUAUCUGAAGUGCUGUUUAAUGAAUUGGCUUUUUUUAAGCUUAUGCAAGAUUUGGAUAAUAAUAGUAUAACUGUUAAACAGAGAUGCAAAAGGAAAAUAGAAACAGCCGGAGUGAUACAAUCGUAUGCCAAAGAGGCCAAAAGGAUUCUUGAAGGAGAUCACAGCUCACCUGCUGGAGAGAUUGAUGAUGAAGACAAAGACAAGGAUGAAACUGAAACAAUUAAGCAGACUCAGACAUCUGAGGUAUAUGGUGCCGAAGGUCCCAAAAAUGUGAGAUCUGAUGUUUCUGAUCAAGACGACGACGAAGAAAGUGACAGAUGCCCAGUGUCAAUUAACUUGUCUAAAGCGGAAACUCAGGCUCUAACUAAUUAUGGAAGUGGAGAAGAUGAGAAUGAGGAUGAAGAAAUAGAAGAAUUUGAAGAGAGCCCUGUAGAUGUCCAGACUUCACUUCAAGCUAACACGGAAACUACAGAAGAAAAUGAACAUGAUGAUCAGGUUCUACAACGUGAUCUUGAAAAAACAGCAGAAAGCACAAAGACCCCAUCAGAACAAGAACCCACUAGUAAAGAUGACCAAGAUAGCUCUCCUGUGAAACCAUGUUAUCUCAAUAUCUUGGAAAAUGAGCAACCUUUAAAUAGUGCUGCCCAAAAGGACUCGCUUACUAUUGUUGAUUCAUCUCAGCAGCCUAACCCCUUGCCAUUACCUUUAACUGAAAUUGAAACCUUAGUGCCUAGAGUCAAAGAAGUUAAAUCUGCUCAGGAAACUCCUGAAAGCUCACUGGCUGGAAGUCCUGACACUGAAUCCCCAGUGCUUGUGAAUGACUACGAAGCAGAAUCUGGUAACAUAAGUCAAAAGUCUGAUGAAGAAGACUUUGUGAAAGUUGAAGAUUUACCACUUAAAUUGACAAUAUAUUCAGACGCAGAUCUUAGGAGGAAAAUGAUAGAAGAAGAACAGAAAAACCAUUCAUCUAGUGAAAUACAUGAAAUGCAGACUGAAGAAUUAGCUGAAAAUUCUCACACUAAAAGCACAUGAAACAGUGGGAGUCAAGUCUGCGAGAUAUCUUCAGAGGUUCAUCUGAUUCUCUUUACAUAGUCAGUGCAUACACAAAAAUGAUACUAAAUAAACACAUGUUUUGAGCUGUAUAAAAAUGUAAAUUAGUUUGACACUGCAUUUUUGAUAGAUGUGCUAAUUUCUGCCCAUGGCAGUUUAUACAUCAGAAACUGAAUUCUGGACAGAUUCAAGCCUUGAUACACUGUGAGGUUAUUGGGUUUUUUCCUUUUAUCUUUUUCUUUUGUAUCCUAGAUUUUUUUUUUCUCAUUGUGAUGUUUGGUAAUGUUAAAUUUAAAGUAUAGUCUUAAAUAAAGUUUGAACUUACCUGUAUCGUUCUUUGGAAAUUAUGUUGAAUUCAAUAUAGCAAAUUUCUGUUCUGUGUAAUUUUAGGCAACUCUAAGCAGUGGUCAGAAAUUAAAUAUAUUAUUUAUUAUAAAGCCCCAACAUAGCCCUAUCUUCCAACUCAUACCAGUGUUGCUACUGCUAAGUCCAGUGUUCUUUAGGUACCUGCAGCUCCUAUUUCUGUGUAAGAAUAGAGCAGGCCUGGGGACGUAGCUUGGUGGUAGUACACUUGCCAGAUAUGCACAAGGCCUUGGGUUAGAUCUCUAGAAUCACCCCACUCCUCUUUAAAAAUGUGCAGGUGAUAAAGAUAGUUAAGGUACCUGUGAAGUUAUCAAAGAAUAUUUGUUAAUAAUCUAUAUUUAAAAUGCAUUAGAAGUUUAGAACAUAAAUCAUUAGCACCUAGAAUUUAUAUAGUUGUCUAUUAAAAUAAAUGUUUUCUAUAUUUGAAAAUCCUGUCUGUUGCCUCAGUUUAAAAGUAAAAAAUAUAAUCAGGGAGUAUUUCUGCAGAGACAAAUAACAUUUUGAUGACUUUUAAAUGAAAGACCAGACUCUUUCAAGUAGGAAUAAGUAGAUUUAAAUUAUGUAACAGCAUUAAAAUUCUGUAUGCCUUUAGAGAAACUUGCCUUUUAAAAUGAUAGUUUAAGCCAAGCAUGGUGGCGCAUGCCUAUAAUCCCUGCACUUGGGAGGCUGAGGCACGAGAAUUGUGAGUUUGAGACCAGAUUGGGCUACAAAGUGAGCUCAGGCCAGCAUAAGGAGACCCUGUCUCAAAAAGACAAAAAAUGUGUAAAACCAAAGUCUAGCCUUUGAUUCUGUGGAGUAAGAAAGAAGCAGGUUUACAGAAGUAUUGAAGUACUGAAUACAGAAAAUCUAUGAUUUCACUAAGUAAACCAUCUUUUUAAAGAUGAUUUACUGGUUUAUCCCAUUAUUACCAUAGACCGAGUUAGGCCUGACAGACAGAGCCAACUAACAGUGAAUAAGUCAGUCUUACAGAUGCUUCCUGGAAUAAAAUGUGAACAAUAUGAGGUAUUAGAUCUUAGUUCCAAAGUAUCUUUUAAAUGUAGUAACAGUUGUCUCAGAUAUUCCAUAUUAAAAAAAAACCAUGUUUGACAUUCUUUUAAAGUAGUUAUUUGUGUGAUAACUUUAAAUAGCAUAAACUAUAAUCUUGAAUCAGGAAAUACUAAAUGAGGAUUUCCCUAUGGGGAAAUUUACCAAAUUGCUACUUAGUUUAAAUUAUAUCUCCAACCUUAUUAAAAACCCAUUCAGAAAACUACCAGUCUAAAAUGAGUUCUUACCUAGCUGUAGUGACUUCAGAAAUUGGGGACAGUAAGUUACACUGUAUGUCUAGGCAAGCUCUGUAUUUUCUAAACUAGUAAGUAAAGGGGGAAACUUCAUUUGGUACUUAAGCUAAACCUUGCAUAUAUUGCAGCUGUCUUUCUCUGCAUGCAUAAGAAUUGUGUUUAAUACCUUAGUUAUUACUGUAGUACCUCAAAGCCUCAUUAAACUAGCUUAUUUGACUUACAGCUAAUAUUUAGUUAUUACCAUGGUACCUAAAAACCUUAUUAAACUUUCUAGUCUGUUGUUUGCCUAUUUUAGUAUAUACUUUAGUUUUAAAAUAUCUAGGGUUUGGGAGCAGGUUACUUGUUCAUUGUUUUUUUUUUUUUUUUUUUUUUUUUUUUUAGUAAGUAUUUCUAAAGAGUUAGAAAUUAAUAUUCUUAUUUGUCUUAAUUUUUAAGUUAAACAUUUGGUUAGAGAUAGAGGGAGAAAAUGUCAAAAUAAGUGAGAAAGAAUCCUGUGCAGGUUGAGAUAAUAAUUAAAAUAAUGAGCUAGCCAGACUGGUAAUACCCUUUGUAUUUUGUAACAUUCAGUUUGGGUAAAUGCUUUUUCACUGUUAAUAAAUGUAUAUACUACA